AUGGCAAAUAGUAAUAAAGAAAGAAGCAGCUUUGACAUUUCCGCCAUUCGACCAACACAUACACGUUUAAGUGAAUAUCAGAAUAAAAUGGGAGAACAUUUGGAUCGAUUGAAUAUGCAAUUGGAUGAAGAAAUCGCUGAUUUGCGUCGAAUCCUGAGGCAGAACAAAACGGCGAUCAAAAGCGGCACGAAAAAGAGGGAAACGUUGAAAAAAGAGAUUAAAAAGCUUGAAUUUGAUGUGAGAAUUAGUGGCGAAAAUCAGGAAAAAUUCAAAUCCGAAGUGCAAAAAGCGCAUGAUGAGAGGACGAUUUUGACGACAAAAUUGCACGAGCAUCGCCAAAAAGGCGUCGAUUUAGAGGAGAAGAAGCAUGAAGCCCGCUUUCGUCUAGAAGCAGCUCAAGCAAAAGUGGCUGAAAUGCGAAAAGAUUUCGAGAGUCAAACGCCGUCUCGUUACCGUCGAAACUCUCUCGAAUCGACGAAAGAGAUCGACAAUUUGAAGAAGCGAAAGGAUUCACAGCACUCAAAACUCGAAAAACUCCGAAAAGAGAUUGCUGAGGUGGAAAAAGAGCUCGAAAAUCUCGAAAAUCUCGAAAAUCUCGAAAAUCAACCCCCUAUCUCCAAAUCACAUUCAGCAAAGGAACCGGAAAAAACGAAUAGACUCGAGACUGAAAAAGAAGAAAGAAGAAGUCCGAAGAGAAUUGAUCAAGAGAAACACCAUCCACCUGGCACAUCAAAGUCAACAAUUAUUGCCGCAAAUGUCGACUCAGUCAAAACGGAUGAGCUAAAGACUUUGAUCGCUGAUCGAGUCACUUAUCUUGAAGAGUUGAAUGCAAGUCUAGCGGAAUCUCGCGAUCGUUUACGACAAGAAAGACAAGAAAUCGAGAACCUUGGUGGCAGAGUGCAAGGAUUGACGACAGCAAAUGCUGAACUCAAACAAAAAUACUCGGCUUUAAAGAAAAGAAAGGGAAAAACGGCGAGUCGGACUUCGUCAGUAAACAAAUCUCGAUCGAAUUCUGAAGCCUCAUUGGGCAUUGAUGGGCCACGGUUGAGGACCUCGAAAAUGAGAUCUGAACUCGUCAAUCUGCAACGACAACAGUCAGCACUCGAGAAUCGAAAAGCUAAGCUCACAAGAGAACUAGAAACGCGAGAAAAAGAGAUCGAACCUUUGAGAGAAAAUUCUCAUCAAUUAAACAAUCAUUUGAUAGCAUUGCAAAGAGAACAAAAGCUGUUAGAAGAAAUUCCAUUACCUGUUGAAGAAAUCGCUGAAAAUUCCAAUCACUCAAUGCUUCCGAAAUCAGAAAACGAGAAGAAAAGAGAUGAAAUCAAUGAAAAUUUGCAUAAAAUGAGAGCCGAAAUUGAGCAGAAUCGGGCGAUUUUAGAGACAAAAAAAAAUCAAGUCCACGAUCUUCAGAAGAAAUUGGAGCCUUUUGCGAAUCUCGAUAUUGCAAAAUUCGAAGCCGAGAGGAACGAGAAACAAGUUGAGUUGAGACAUUUGAAAAACUAUCACAAAAGUCUUCAGAAAGCUCUCCAUGAAAAGCAGAGGGAACUCGAACUAACCGUGAUCCAAAGGGAUGACUCCGUCGACCGAGCCAACGCUACCCUCAAUAGUUAUACAACUGUCAGAAAUCAUCGCCUUCAAGAAAUUGAGGAUCUUCGGCAAUCGAUUGUAGAGAAAGAAAAGGAAAUCGCUGAGCUGAAAUCUAAAGGACAUCAGGAUCGAAAAAGAGUCAACGUUGAUGAG